AUAUGGAUACAGCGAUGCCGAUUGGUGCGAAAAGACUUUAACUUCAAAAGUUACGACAGUACGAGGAUUUGUUCGGAUCAUUUUGUGGGGAAAUCGGCGCCAACUCAUAAGCACACUGUACCAUCGCUGUUUCCGACCAAGACUUUUCAAACUUCGGAUUUGGACUGUAGUAUUGAGGCAUGUUCAGCUAUUGUGAACACACCAGUUCCAGAAGUUCAUGAAACAACACAAAUCCGCCUGACAGAGGAUGAAGCUAUAGAAACAUGUGCACCAAAUGAAUUGCUGGAUUUGGAACUUUCACGCGGGAGUGAUGACUUUGUUAGUGAAAGCGUUUCAUUUGAUGCUAAUUCAAGAAGACUUGAUAAUUCAUUACUCUUUAAUGAUUACUGUGGCAAUGUUCUGGGAUCCCAUAUUUCUAGUUCUCGGAACCAAUCUUCCCAAACGUCGGCAUGUGCUGUAAGUGUUUCCACUCAGACAGAUUCUGCACAUAUAGUAUCAGCUCAAGUGGGAACACAAACCUCAACGAAAACAUAUAACAGUGUUGGAACACAAGUUGACAGACCAACCCUCACAUAUGAGGAUGUGAAACGAUCCAAUGAGGAUAUUAUGUUUUAUACUGGGAUUCCAGAUGCAGAUUCCUUUGAAGCCUUGUUCGACGAGUUUAAGGAUGACCCUCAACUUAAGGGAAACAAAGUUAGUGGGAGACCUAGUGCAUUACGUUUGAUAGACGAAUUUUUCCUAGUUUUGAUGAGGUUAAGGUUAGGUCUUGUUUUAGAGGAUUUGGCCUAUCGCUUCAAGACCUCAACAUCAUCAUGUAGUAGGAUUUUCAAUAAAUGGAUUACUUGA